CGUGUAGUAGCAAUUGCGGCUGCUGCUGACAUAAACAAGGGGAGAAAGAGAGUGCGUGAGUCGAGGUGCCUUUGUGUGCCGUGACAGCGACGUGGUAUACAAGUAAUAUCUUCACCGAGACGAGGUGGGCUUUCGUGAGAAGGCGAUGACGAUGACCAUGGGGAAGCAUCAGCAGGCUGUUCCGGCUGGACGCCGCUCCAGAAGCAGUUGGGGCUACAGCGACCCACAGCCCUGGACCCCGCGCAUGUCAUGCGCGUCGCUCUCCCCAGCCGUCGGUGUGUGGUUGGUCUUGGGAGUGGCCCUGUGCGCGUGGAUGGUGAUCAUCGUGGCGCAGGCACAGCCUUCGAGCGAGGACGCAGUGAUAGCCGCCAUCAACGAUUUGCGGCGGAAUGCGACCGUGAAGACGGUGGAGCGUGAGGAUGACCUGAACUGCGCAGCUCGCCGGCGGGUUCACGCAAUCAGUCCUCAAAACUGCACGAAAGAUGAUAUAGCGGCAAGAGCUGCAGUGAAAGCGUGUGACGACGACAAAAAGGAUGCGUAUGAAUUGGCGCACUGCGGGAACGACGCUCCUGUUGCCGCGUGGGCGAAAAACGGAACAAUUCGUCAACAGCUACUGAAUUCGACUUACGACAAAAUCGGCGUUGCGCGGAACACGAUGAACAAUACAUAUGUGUACGUGGUCAUUCUUGCUAGACAUGACUAGGAGAAAGACGACCCGUCGCCGGUUACGUCGGUAGAAGAGCUACAUAUGGGCGGACGGCGGCGACAUGCAGGAGAACGGCCACGACGUGCGAGGAGGGUCUUGUCGAUUUGAGCUGCUCUCGUCGUAGGUGGCCUUCCUGGAAAACUAACCGAGACAUGCAUCACUGCUAUGUGUAUAGUAGAAGCUUCUCCAGGGCGUGCACCUUGUUGAGGACGCAGCGGGGCGCGCGCGCGCGCGCGCGCAGGUUCCGGUUCUCUCCCCUCUUCCCUCCCCCCCUCUCACAUGCAAGAGGCAGUCGAUUCUUGUGUAUCUCUGAUGUCACAUGGAAGGAAAAUGCAGGUUCCGGUUCUCUCCCCUCUCCCCUCUCCCCUCUCCCUCUCAGAUGCAAGAGGCCGCUUGCAGACACCGGGGGAUGGGGCGUGUUGAGAAGUGGCAGUAUCCAAAUUUAGCACAUUCUCGCUACUGAAUGUUGAGCGCGGGGCUAUCAAAGGCGGCGCGCGGCGCGCGGCGCGCAGCGCGUUGGGAGCGGGACCACGAUCUGACCGUCCAUCCAGUGGGGAGUAGUUGGCACUAUCCGCUUCUCCCGAAUAGAACGGUCGGUCAUUAUUGCUGUAUCGAGUCCGACGCGUGGGCGGAAUUACAGCUACAGUGACCGGGCGUCCUCUUCGGGUGAAGACGGUAGGAUCACCAAUCCACUGAGGAAGCGGGAAAAUGAAUGACACCUCGAUGUUUUUUUUUUUUUGUUUGUGUUCUUUCUCUUUUUUUGAAUCACACGUGCAUGGUGUUGUCCAUCCUUUGUGGGAUAUUUGACAGACUUAGCACUUAGCACUCACUUAGCACGUAGCACUCAUUGAGCACCUGAACACACAAAGCACUUACUAGCACUCACUUAGCACGUAGCACUCACUUAGCGCGUAGCACUCACUUAGCACGUAGCACUCACUUAGCACUCACGUAAAUACUCAGCAUGCACUUAAAGAGUGCUAAGUGGCACGAGAACGAGAUACGAGAUACGAGAUGAUACUGCCAUCAGAUAAGGUUUGGUGGGGGCUUGAGGUUUUCCCCUUCGUUGUCGUAGCGCUUUCUGUGAGUGUGUCGUUUCGCUAGGAGUAGGAGUGCAAAUAAAUGGCCUGUGAUCAUUCAGGAGGACUGGUCUGGAGCAGGAAUGUACAGCUUCUUGUUCACAAAGUGCAUUUUUCACCACAGGCCCAGGGGGCCCGGGCACUGCAUCAUGUUGCGCAGAGCGAAAAGACACAGCGGCGGCCACUUUUUCUCACGCUACGGGUUGUUGCGUUUUCUAGCUCAUGGCUGGCGCACUCAUGGCUGGCGCACUCGUUUGUCCGACGAGAGAGAGAUAUGAUGUCGCCGACGUGAGCUUGCGUGCCCAAUACUCUGUCUAUUCCGUUGCUCAUGCGAGCGCCAUCAACCCGGCCAGGCACUUCAAUAUCUCAUUCGAACAAUAUAAUACCGAACUCUGUGUGUGUGUGUGUGUGUGUGUUUGCGAUUUGGAAGGAUUCGCAAGUGAAUGGGGCAAGUCAAGUCUAGUCGGAACAUAAAAAUGUAAAAGUAAUGGUGCAGUGACACACUUCAGUGUGUGUUUUGCAGUUUGGAAGGAGAGUCAAAUUUAGUCAAUUGUGUGUGUAUUGCAAGUGCUUUGCAAAUUGUGCAAUCAGUUUGAUUGCAGUUUUUGUGCAAUUAUACGUGAAGAACCGGGUGAUUGAUUGCGCAGUUGGGGAAAGCAGCAAUGAAUUCCGUUUGUUCGU